GGUGACGUCACGCCGCAGGGGUCGACGCGACGUUCUGUGCGCAUGCGCCCGCAGCACCCGCGCGAGGGGGCGCCGGAGAUGCCCGGAUUUAAAAUUGGUCUUCGCCGAGGCUGAAAGGGCGGCCUGAAGGAAGGAGCUGUAUCAAGAGGGUUUCCCUUUAUAAGGUGGCUUUACAUGUAUUUUGAAUAAAUGAAUCCCAAGUAAAAGUCUCCAUUCAUUGAGGAAGAAUGAUGUCUCCAAGGGUAGUGGUGACUCCCCCUUUCAGCAGAGACUGCAAGAGCCCUGUUGUCUCUUAAAAAGCUGUGUAGCUGAGUCCCAGGAAACUACAUGCCUUUUCUGCUCAGGGUACAUCUCCUAAAGGCAGCCAAAACCCUCAGCAGAAGUGAAAAAACCUCCUUGCUUUCAGCACAGACAGCUCAAACCCGUGCUGGCCACAGUUUCCAAAAGAUCGUUGCCUUCCGCAGGUGUUCUUGGUUGUGGAGCAGCAGCAGCACCCCAUCUCCAGCUGGCUGGUGGUACCAGCUGUGCAUUUUCCGUGGCUUUCUCUUCCCGGCACCACUACCCGUUUGGCCCUCAAAGCCCCUGUGCACAGUCUCCGAGAUGGCAGAGCAGCGGUACUGCGUGGACUAUGCCAAGCGGGGCACGGCAGGGUGCAAGAAGUGCAAGGAGAAGAUCCUCAAGGGGAUGGUGCGAAUCGGGAAGGUGGUGCCCAACCCAUUCUCGGAGUCCGGUGGGGACAUGAAGGAGUGGUACCACAUCAAGUGUAUUUUCGAGAAGUUGGAGAGGGCCCGGGCGACAACAAAGAAGAUUGAGGACAUCACGGACUUGGAGGGCUGGGAGGAGCUGCAGGACAGUGAGAAGGAGCUGAUAAACCAGCACAUCUCGGAUCUGACUUCCAAACCUGCAAACACGCCGAAGAAAAAGUCCACCGUCCAGGCGAAGAUUUCUCCCGGUGGUCAAAUCACCUCCCCCAAGAAAAUGCCGGCAGCUUCUUCUGAUCCAUCACCAAAGAAAUUUUCUGGGUUUACAGCUAAGCCGGGCAACUCUGAUGAAGUGGCCUCGGCAUCUCCCCGCAAGCCCAGCUUGUCCAAGGAGAAGAGUGAUCCAAAGCACAAGGACUGUUUGCUGCGGGAAUUCAGGAAGCUUUGCGCUAUGGUAGCCGACAAGCCUAGCUACAACGUCAAGACCCAGAUCAUCCAGGACUUCCUGCAGAAGGGAACCAGUGGAGAUGGCUUCCGUGGGGAUCUCUACCUGACAGUCAAGCUGCUGUUGCCGGGGGUCAUAAAGAGUGUUUACAACCUGAAUGACAAGCAGAUCGUAAAGCUCUUCAGCAGGAUAUUUGGCUGCAACCAAGAGGACAUGGUCCGAGACCUUGAACAAGGUGAUGUGUCUGAGACAGUGCGGAUCUUCUUUGAGCAGAGCAAAUCCUGCCCCCCGGCUGCCAAGAGCCUCUUGACGAUCCAAGAGGUUGAUGACUUCCUGACACAGCUCUCUAAGCUUUCCAAAGAGGACGACCAGCAAAGCUUGCUGCAGGAUGUUGCAAACAGGUGCACGGCCAAUGACCUGAAGUGCAUCAUCCGGUUGAUAAAGCAUGACUUGAAAAUGAAUGCUGGAGCCAAACAUGUUUUGGAUGCUUUGGACCCAAAUGCUUAUGAGGCUUUCAAAGCCUCGCGCAACCUCCAUGACGUGGUCGAAAGGGUGCUGAGGAACCAGCAGGAGUCCCAGAAGGUGCCAGGCCUAAAGAGGAUUCUCAGCGUCCAGGCCACGCUGAUGACCCCCGUUCAACCCAUGCUGGCUGAGGCCUGUAAGUCCAUCGAGUACGCCAUGAAGAAAUGCCCCAACGGGAUGUACUCGGAGAUCAAGUACGACGGGGAGCGCGUCCAGGUGCACAAGAAUGGCGACCACUUCAGCUACUUCAGUCGCAGCUUGAAACCUGUCCUUCCACACAAGGUGGCCCAUUUCAAGGACUUCAUCCCCAAGGCUUUCCCAGGGGGACACAGCAUGAUCCUGGAUUCAGAAGUCCUUCUAAUCGACAACAAGACAGCCAAGCCCCUUCCCUUUGGGACACUUGGAGUGCACAAGAAAGCAGCUUUCCAGGACGCUAACGUCUGCCUCUUUGUGUUUGACUGUAUCUACUUCAACGACGUCAGUCUGAUGGACAGGCCGCUCCGUGAGCGCCGCAAGUUUCUCCACGAUAACAUGGUGGAAAUCCCCAACCGAAUCCUCUUCUCGGAGAUGAAGCACGUCACGAAAGCUUCGGACCUUGCUGAUAUGAUCAACCGGGUCAUCCGUGAGGGGCUGGAGGGGCUGGUCCUGAAAGAUGUGAAGAGCCUCUAUGAGCCAGGAAAACGUCACUGGCUCAAGGUGAAGAAGGACUACCUGAACGAGGGGGCAAUGGCUGACACGGCAGACCUGGUGGUCUUGGGUGCCUUCUACGGCCAAGGGAGCAAAGGGGGGAUGAUGUCCAUCUUCCUCAUGGGCUGCUACGAUCCCGACAGCCAGAAGUGGUGCACGGUGACCAAAUGCGCCGGCGGCCAUGAUGACGCCACGCUGGCCCGGCUGCAAAAGGAACUGGACAUGGUGAAGAUCAGCAAGGAUCCCAGUAAGAUUCCAAGCUGGCUGAAAAUAAAUAAGAAUUAUUACCCAGACUUCAUUGUUCCAGAUCCAAAGGAAGCGCCAGUCUGGGAGAUCACAGGGGCUGAGUUCUCCAAAGCAGAGGCCCACACCGCCGAUGGGAUCUCCAUCCGCUUUCCACGCUGCACACGGAUCCGAGACGACAAAGACUGGACCACGGCCACUUCCCUACCACAACUCCGGGAGCUUUACCAGUUGUCCAAGGAGAAGUCUGACUUCACUGUGGUCGCCAUGGAGGAGGAGAACUCCACAGCUGGCAGCAGCGGAGAGACAGAAGGGCAGUCGAGGUCUUCCACUCCCCGCAAGGCUCUGAAGCAGCCCUCCAGCAAGUCCCCGGCAAAAGCUAAGAAGCCUGAAGCCAGCAAACCUGUAGAAAAGUCCCCGCUGAAGAAGGCCACGGAGAAGCGAGGAGAGAAGAGGAAAGCCUCUGAGCUGGAAGGAGAGAAGGGGAAGAUGCUGCUGGAUAUCUUCACUGGGGUGAAGCUGUACCUGCCUCCCUCCGUGGAAGGCUUCAGCAAAAUCAGGCGGUAUUUUGUCGCCUAUGACGGAGACCUGGUCCGCGAAUUCGACACCUCCUCAGCGACACACGUCAUGGGGGACGUGGAAGAGAAUCCAUCUGCCAAGCAAGUCUCCCCGGACUGGAUCUGGGAAUGCAUACGGAAAAGGAGGCUGGUAGCCCCUUGCUAAGCUGGUCUUUGGCCCAUGUCAGGGCCACAGCAGCCACAGGGACAGGUGAGGGGAGCGAGGUGGCUUUUAAGGAUGCCUUAACUA